AUGGCUGAUAAAAGGGUCAAUGUGCUUGUUUACUCGGGCAAUGGCUCUACGGUUGAGUCAGUUCGUCACUGUCUCUGGUCUUUGCGCCGCCUUCUCGGCCCAAACUAUGCUGUCAUUCCCAUUUCUGGCGAGUCGGUUCUCAAAGAGCCAUGGACUGCUUCUUGCGCUCUAUUCGUUAUGCCCGGUGGAGCAGAUGUAGGCUACUGUCGCUCUCUGAAUGGCGAAGGCAAUCGUAAAAUCUCCGCCUACGUCAACAAGGGAGGUGCUUACCUCGGUCUCUGUGCAGGUGGCUACUACGCAUGCAAGCGCUGUGAGUUUGAAGCCGGUAAGAAGGGUAUGGAGGUGUGUGGUGAUAGAGAACUCGGCUUCUAUCCUGGCAUUUGCAGAGGUCUUGCUUUCCCUGGCUUUGUCUAUCACAGCGAAGCUGGUGCUAGAGCAGCUGAGUUGAGCGUCAACAAAGAGGCCUUGACUACUGUCGGAGGAGCCGUGCCUGCGACCUUCCGCUCUUACUACAAUGGCGGCGGUGUCUUUGUCGAUGCUGAAAAGUACAAGGAUCAAGGUGUACAGGUGCUUGCAAGCUAUACUGAGCGUCUACACGUCGACUCUGGCGAAGGCGCUGCUGCAGUGGUGUACCGUAAAGUCGGCGAGGGCUCCGUUGUCUUGACCGGCCCGCAUCCAGAGUUCGCUGCAAUUAAUCUUACCAAGGGCGGUGACAACCCUGCAUAUCCAAGAAUUGUCGAGGCUCUUGCAGCAGACGACAAGCAACGUGUCGACUUUAUGAAGGCAUGUCUGGCCAAGCUCGGGUUGAUCCCCAGCCAGGACGACCAAGGAGUACCUUCGCUAUCUCGCCUGCACAUGUCGACCUUGGAAGCUUCCGAAGUAUCAGAAAUCGUAUCUGCAUGGUCUGAGAUCGUCGAAGAAGUGGAUGGCCAACAUCUCAUCAAAGGCGAAAACGACACUUUCAGCCUCGAGAAGCAGAGCGGACCGUGGAAAGCCACAGACACGAGCACCCUCAGCCUGCAAAAAGUCGCCGACGCUCUUCCUGACGUUGUAAAGAAUAUCCUGCCCACCACCGUAGACAACCCAGCGACCGAACAGCAGGAACCCAAAUCAGACGACACCGGCAUAGUCGACUACGACAAACUAACAAAGACUCUUCUCAUCCACGACACCUCCCUCCCGGACACAAAACAAACCCCUUACUUCAACCACCACGCCUAUUUCUCCAACCUGUCCGCCUACAAAACCCGCCACCACCACGAUGCAUCCGAAACCUUCGGCAACACUCUCAUCUACGGCGAAGUCGUAACCUCCACCUCGACUCUGCUAGAGAAGAAUCCAAAGCUACUCGACAAACUCCCCACUGGCACCACUGCAACAGCAACAACACAAGUAGCAGGCAGAGGCCGCGGCAACAACGUCUGGGUCUCUCCUCCCGGGUCUCUGAUGUUCAGCACCGUGCUGCGUCACCCAAUGGCACUGUCAGCAACAGCCCCAGUAGUCUUUAUCCAAUACCUCUGCGCCCUCGCAAUCGUCUCCGGCAUCCACAACUACGACAGAGGCUACUCUGCCCUCCCCAUAAAGCUAAAAUGGCCAAACGACAUCUACGCCCUCUCCCCCUCCGCCGGCAAAGACCCCAAUCUCAAAGAUCCCAAAAACUACGUCAAAAUCGGUGGGAUACUAGUAAACAGUUCUUAUGCGGGAGGCGACUACACGUUAAUCUGCGGCAUCGGGCUAAACCUCUCCAACACCGCUCCCACCACGUCCCUCAACGCUUUAUGCGCUUCUGCCCGCUUGCCCCCCAUGACUGCCGAAAAACUCCUCGCGUCCAUUUUGACUUCUUUCCAAAGUCUUUAUCUCCGCUUCAGCCACUCUGGCUUUUCGCCGCUACUGGAUACCUAUUACGCUCAUUGGUUGCACAGCGAGCAAAUCGUUACGCUCGAGCAGGAAGGAGGCGCAAAAGCGAGAAUCAAGGGUAUCACUAGUGAUUGGGGAUUACUGGUUGCUGAGGAGCUGGGAUGGGAGGAUAGAGCUACAGGGCGCAAGUGGGAGCUGCAGAGUGAUAGCAAUAGUUUUGAUUUCUUUAGGGGUUUGCUUAAGAGAAAGGUUUGA